AGUCUCCUCACAUGAAGGGCUCAGUGGUGCUACAGUCGUUAUAUUUUCUCGUAAGCACUGCUGUGGUUCACGCAGAGAAAAAACAAACAGUGAGUGUUAUUUUAUUGUGAUUCAGUUGCCGGCUGAAGUUGACUGAUGGAGAGCGAACAAAUCGACGGAGACUCCCGGCGGCUGAAGGACUACUUCGCCGGCGCCGUCAGAACAGGGAACGGGAUCGUGUUGGAGGAGCUUCUGAGCAACGGAAUUUCUGCUUUAGACAUGGGUAAAAUUGACGGGAUGUGCUGUGAGGAACAUCUGACGAUUUCCGGACACAGCGAAGCACUGGAAGUCGUUCUGAAACACUCCCCCGUUAAACAGUGGAUCAGCGAGUACCACCAAAUUCUGAAGAAACACAAUCCACGGGAAUACCUGAUCUGGCAAAAGAAGAACAGCUGCCGACCGGAAAUGACGACCAUGAACCACGAACUGGCCAAUAGGAAGGCCGCUAUGUUUGCCGCCAUCCGGCACAACCGGCCGGCCUGCCUCGAUCUCAUCCUGACUCACGGGGUGGACUUCCGGGCCAGGGACUUCUUCCUCAACAAAGGCGUGCGGCAGCCCAUGGCCACCGUGCACCUGGCAGCGGCGCUCGGAUUAUCAUACUGCACUAUUGAGAGGAAGAACUACCACCAUAGCUCUCGUACACACACUCUCCAAGCAGAGUAUGAAGAUAUGUUAUAUGUGAUAUCUACGACUAUACAUUUUUACACAGGUAUGUCGGACUGCAUCGACGUUCUGAUGCGGCACGAGACGAGAGCCUAUGCGGACAAGUCCAACCGCGUGUCGGGAAUACGAUUCUACCGGCACACGCGCGAAAUGGACGGCAACAACUGCUGGAAGACACCGAUGAUCUUCGCCGCAGAGAACGGCCACCACGAGACCAUAUCCCGACUGAAAAACCACAGCAUCAACAUAGACGGGACCAACACGUACAACCACCUGAGUUCCUGCAUUAGGUUUGGAGCCGUAGACGCCAUCUUUGUUUUGUGUCAACAUGGCGCUACUUGCUACUCAAAGCCAACUGAAAAAUUCACUCCGGAAGGUCCUCUCCACCACGCUAUCAAAACCGGAAAUAUCCGGAUAGUGGAAAUCAUGCUCAGAACGCUGGGAACAGUAGAUUUCAGGCCGAUGGUAACCGACCAGACAGAUUUGCAUAUGGCAGAGUUGCUGAGGAAAAUGUCGUCUGCACCGAGAACUCUGAGUCACCUCUGUCGUCACGUGAUCAGAGGCAUGCUGGGAGAAAAAAGGUGCUACUUUGGGGUAGAACUGUUGCCGCUUCCAAAUAGACUGAAGAGCUUCGUCAGAUUAGUUGAGCGGCAGGUUGUGACCCUGUUUGCAUCAGCCAUGGGAGGGAUGUACUUUGCUACCCUGCUCUACAUCUUCCCCAAAGUGUUCAAGGACGAAGACUCAAGUCCAUUGCCCAGAAGGGAAGGACAAAGCAGUCACCUUUCUGUGGUCAGGAAGGUGUACCUACAGGACGACAGUACCGGAAAAUCCACCAUCACUCCGGAGAAGAUUCCAAGCGAAAGAACUGAGAACUCUACACAGCUUUCGAUUUUGUCUCCAUUCAAGGUGUUCGUGUACGACCUUCCGCCGGAAUUCAACUCUGACCUUGUCCACUGCAUCCAGGUUAAGAACAGGUGCUACCAACUCCAGGACUACGGCAUGGGGUUGGAGUUCGCUCGCUACGGGAACGUGUCGUUCCGAAGCACGCACAUGUUCGCGCUCGAAGUCAUCCUCCACCGCAAACUCCUGUCCAGUUCGUACCGAACGCUCGACCCCGAGAAGGCAGACGUGUUCUACGUCCCCUACUACCCCGCACUUGCGGCCGCUUGCGAGCCGAUGAAUGUUAUCGACAACCCGGUACUAGACAGAGAACUGUGGCAGUUCGUCAGGGUAAACUAUCCUUAUUUUGACCAGGGAAAACCACAAAUCAUGGCUCUGGGCAGAAUAGAGAGGGAGCAUGCUGAUGUCACGGGAGGGAUCCUGAAAACUCCGGAGUCUCGCUCGGUAACGUUCGUCGGCAUCGAACACGAGUCGGACCCGAGGACGCUGAGAUACAUCCGACGGAGCGGGUUGUCAAUGGUGGUGGCACCGUACCCUUCCUUCGGACAUCUCAUUUCUAACAACAACGACUUUGGUGUAGAAUCAAGGCACGAAAAAACUUCGGACAUGUCAAGGGACGUGUUUGUGUUGUUCGCAGGGAGCAGGCGAAUGUCCCACGACAUAAGGCGGAUUCUCAGCCGACAGCUCAGCCCAACAUCAGAAAAAUAUUCCUCGUCUUCUUCACUGAACAACAAGCAGAACGUGUGGUUUAUCACGCAAGAAUGUAGACACAGAAGCUGGCAGGGGGAUCUGGUCGAGUGGAUGCACCACUCUGUCUUCUGUCUCCAGCCUCCAGGCGAUUCGCCGACUAGAAAGUCGUUCUACGACGCCGUUCAGUGCGGAUGCAUCCCUGUCAUAUUCAAGCUAGACUACGAACCGGUGUACCCGUUCGACGACGUUUUGGACUACUCCAAAUUCACGGUCAAAAUCACAGACGACGACUUCUUUCAAGAGAAACGGUCCAUCAGCGACAUCUUGCGGGACGUCCCACAAGCGCAGAUCACUGCAAUGCAGGGCGAACUCCGACAGGUGGCACCCCUGCUGCAGUACUCGUACCCGCCGUUACCAGAAACGAAGGACGCGUUUGAUAUGGUUAUGAACGAAAUAGGACGGACAAGGGGAGGCAAAACUUACGUCAGACGCCGCUAUGGCAAUAAAGUAAGGAAAGUUGCGGGGAGGGGGGCAGGAGGCUGGAUUGUGGAGUAA